AUGUAUUAUCCUGAAGAGCAGUCUCGGCCUCUUGCAAAUAGCAUUGCACAUCGAUUGGAUGAGAAUCCCGCACAAGCCUUAUCACGUCUUGAAACAGCCACCAUAAUCGCACCAAGUGCUGGAGAACAGGGUGUGAUGGGAACACUUGAAGAUGAGAUGGGAGCUCCAAUUUCCCCAUAUGACAUUGGGGAGCCUGACGCUCAUCCAUCCAGACCUAUG